UAUAUCAUCCCUAGCCGUAGCAGGAGUCCUAUUUCUUCCUUCAGGAGGCGCGGGUACUUGCUGGUCUUCCUCAACGGCGGGAAAACACGAAAUGAAGAUUCAGUGCGGGUUGGUCACUUUCCUCCCGCCCGCCAUUACUGCAGUGUUGCCAAGUCUCGAGGCAGAGGUACAAUUUUUCUCAUUUUCUUUUCCUCCUUCCUUCUUUCCUUAUUCUUUUCUGUUUCUUCAUUCUUUCAUUCUCUUCCUCCUUCCCUUCUCUUCCUUCUUUCCUUCGUUGUUUCUUCAUUCUUUCAUUCUCUUCCUUCUUCCCUUCUUUCCUUCGUUGUUUCUUCAUUCUUUCAUUCUCUUCCUUCUUCCCUUCUUUCCUUCGUUGUUUCUUCAUUCUUUCAUUCUCUUCCUUCUUCCCUUCUUUCCUUCGUUGUUUCUUCAUUCUUUCAUUCUCUCUCUCCUUCCCUUUUCUUUCUUCUUUCCUUCCUUGUUUCUUUAUCAUUUCAUUCUUUCUUCUUUCUUUCCUUGUUUCUUCAUUAUUUCCUUUUCUUUCUUCAUUCUUUCAUUCUCUUCUUCCUUCCCUUCUCUUUCUUAUUUCCUUGUUUCUUCAUUCUUUCAUUCUUCUCUUGUUUCUUCAUUAUUUCCUUGUUUCUUCAUUCCUUCAUUCUCUUCCUCCUUUCCUUCGUUUCUUCUUCCCUUUUCUUCCUUCUUUUGCUCCUCUCUUCUUUCUUGUUCCUCCCUUUUUCUUUUUCCUCUCUCUUCCUCACUUCUGUUCCUCCCUUCUUUCUUCUGGCUCUUCCGUCUUCCCUUCUCUCCUUCUCUUCCUCCCUUCUUUCUUCUGUUCCUCCCUUCUUCCAUUCUGUUUUCUUUUCCUCCCUUUCUUCCUUUUCUUCCUCCUCCCUUCUCUCCUUCUCUUCCUCCCUUCUUUCUUCUGUUCCUCCCUUCUUUCUUCUGUUCCUUCUUCCAUUCUGUUUUCUUUUCCUCCCUUUCUUCCUUCUCUUCCUCCUCCCUUCUUUCUUCUGUUCAUCCCUUCUUCCCUUCUGUUUUCCUCUUCUUCCCUUCUUUCUCCCGUUCCUCUCUUCUUCCCUUCACCUCCUCCCUUCUUUCUUCUGUUUCUCCCUUCCUCCCUUCUGUUUUCCUCUUCUUCCUCCCUUUCUUCCUUAUCUUCUUCCCUUCUUUCUCCUGUUUCUCUCUUCUUCCGUUCACCUCCUCCCUUCCUCCCUUCUUAUCCUUAACACUGAAGGUAGAAUGGAAAGUACUCUAAUAUCUCUCCAUCAGCCUUUAAUUCGACAUGAUAAACCCAAACACAGUAACAGUUGUAAGCUAAUGUGGUACCAUAACACAAAUAGCCAUAAAUAGAUUGAACAUAUAAGUGACUCAUAAACAUACGGAAAGGGAUUAGGAAAGGGAGGGAGGUGUGUGUGUGCGAGUGUGUGUGGGGGGGGUUUGAUAUGUUAUUUAAAGGGACAGGAUUGAGACACUGACUUGAGGUUACUGAGAUGACUUUAUUAGAAAACAUAACCAACUAAAUAAAACUACAAACAUUAUGAGAUUAGGUUCGGAAUAUACUAUAACUAUGGUGAGGUUAGAUCGGACUGAACAGGCAUGGUCAGUCACAUAAUCAAAAGUAGGUUAAAUAUAUAUAAAGCAAGUACGACUAAAGAUUAGGUUAAAUAACGUGAUGGAAAUGCUCGACUAUGACAUGACUCAAAGCUAAAUACAGUAAACCCUUGAUAUAAUGGACUAAUUGGGGGGGAAAACUUAGUCCGUUAAUGCCGAAAGUCCAUUAUAAGCAGCGGAAAUUUAAAAAUACAUAUAAUAAUACCAACGAACCUAAUAAACAUAAGUACAGUACAGUCAUCCCUCACAUAGAACGGUUUCCAAUAGUUCGGUUUUGGUUUUAUGUGGAUUUUCUAAGAAGAUUUUUUAGGAUUUUAAAAUUUCACGACGAGCAGGAAAUUUAAAAAUCCUAAAAGAUCUUCCGUGACAAUCCGUAUAAAACUGAAACCGAACUAUUGGAAACCGUACUAUUUGAGGGAUGACUGUAUAUAGUUUUUUUACUGUCCGUUAUAUCCGAAAUCCGUUAUAAGCGGGUCCAUUGUAUCGAGGGUUAACUGUAUUAAUGAAUGACUGAAGAGGCAAAAACAUAACCAAAGGAAAUGAUGUGAUGAAGUUGAUGACAUAUGGUGGGCAGUGUUCCGUCAGUCGCUGGGAUAAUACACCAUAACAAGACUGGGUGAAUGAUAUGCUACAAUGAAAAUGACAACACUCAACCAUAUCAUGAAAUUCAGACAUAUGUAAAACCCAAUAUAUAAUGCAUUUGUAUGAUGAAAUAUAAUAUGACUUGUAUGGGUUUAUAUAUGAUGGCACAAAGGGUAAGUGAGUUAUGAAGCUAUGAAAAGUGAAUGAGAAAUAAACGGAAUCUGAACCUAGAAACAUGACAGGGGAAAAUAAGUUGAAACUGGGAAAAAAAAAUUAACCAAAGACGGGAAAGAAAACUGAGAACAAAAGAAACAUAAAUAAAAAAAUGCUGAAUGAAAGACAAGAAAACAAGAAGUGGGAUAAAAGAAAAAGAAAACUUGAAAACUAAACAUAAAAAAAAAUAAUCAGUACACAAAUAGACCAAAAAAAAUAAUAAUGAGAAAUAAAGAGAUUGAAUAAAAAAAAAUUAGUGUGUGUAAAGAUUAAAAAAGAAAACUUGAAAACUAAACAUCAAAAAAUAAUCUAAAAAAACCCAUAAAAAAACAAGAAAUAAAGAGAAACAAGAGGAAGAAUAUG